GAGCACCAGCACAGGCGUGUCAGGAUUCAGCAGCUGCCUGUGUUAGAGCAUGAGCUCCUUUGAUCCACCAGUGCACUCCCCACCACGCUGCAGCCCACAGUUUCCAAAUAUUGGACAAGAACCUCCAGAGAUGAAUAUCUACUAUGAGAACUUUUUCCAUCCACAGAACAUCCCUAGCCCACAGCGACCCAGCACUUUUGAGACAACGGAUUACAAUGCUACUCCUAAUCCUUACCUCUGGCUAAAUGGACCUUCCAUUACCCCACCAUCAUAUCUCCCAGGAUCCAAUGCCAGUCCCUUCAUUCCUCAGUCUUAUGGGAUGCAGAGGCAGCUCUUGCCUAACAUGCAUGGCUUGGGAGGAUCUGACCUUGGCUGGCUUCCUCUCCCAUCCCAAGAAGAGCUUAUGAAGUUGGUCAGACCACCUUACUCCUACUCUGCACUUAUUGCCAUGGCUAUCCAUGGAGCACCCGAGAAGAGGCUGACUCUCAGUCAGAUCUACCAGUAUGUGGCUGACAACUUCCCAUUUUACAACAAGAGCAAGGCUGGCUGGCAGAACUCCAUUCGGCACAACUUGUCUCUCAAUGACUGCUUCAAGAAGGUGCCCCGAGAUGAGGAUGAUCCAGGAAAAGGGAAUUACUGGACUCUGGAUCCAAACUGUGAAAAGAUGUUUGACAAUGGAAACUUUCGCAGGAAGAGGAAAAGGAAGUCUGAUAUUGGGGCUAGUGCUACCACCCUUGUACCUGAGAAAUCAGAGGAUAGUGCCCUCACUGGCAGCCCCAAAGCUGUAGAGCACCAGGAUAUCUUGGAAAACUCAUCAACUGGGACUGACAGUUCACCUGAGAAAGGAUCUCCACCUCCGUCUUCCAGUAGCCCGUGCCUCAGUAACUUCCUCUCCAGUAUGACUGCCUACGUUAAUGGCUCUAAUUCAGGGAGCCGCUCAGUGCCCUUAGGACUCAGCUCUGAACCCAUAGACAAAAUGGGACAGAACAUGGUAGGCUUCAAUUCCUACACUCCACUCUCUAAUAUCCCAAAUCAUGGUGUGGGAGAGUGGUCCAAUUCUAUGCCUUCUAGUCACCUGGGCUACAGCAACUCUGUGCUCAACCAGUUUAAUACUCACUUUUACAGCAGUAUCAGUACAAACAACACCCUGUAUUCCAGGGAAGGAACAGAAGUUUAAAUGAAGGACUCUAAGACACCAAACUCUAGCUGUUUAUAAGAGGAAAUUAUCUGUGGGCAGAUGAUUAGCAUUAGCCUGUUGUCCCUGGGACCCACACUGCAUUCUACCUUCUGACAGCCACCAACUUGCUACCCAUUAUACUUAUCCAAAUCACAAAUACUGCACAGUUGGCAGCUCCUCAUUAAAAACCAGAGAUCAUAACAGCAAGAGUAGUGAAGAGUUCUCUUGAGACACUGCUCGUAUUGCUGCCAGCCAUGGUCCUUGAGAAGUCACUGUUUGCCUUAGGCAUGAAGCUUUUUCUGGCAUGGUACUAAUAUUGCUCUGCAUUUAAAGUGCUAGCAGACAAGUGGGUGUACCUCCACAUAUCCUCUCUUACUGAGAGAGGAUGCCAGUACCAGACACUCUUAGCAAGUUCUUAGUUGGCCAAAGCUAGGCCGAGAUGUUAAAGGUUCUAUGGAAGAAAUUGCUGCAUAGUGAGUAGCACCCAGCGCUGGAAUGCUGAGGGCUGUCUUUGGGCCUCUCUUACACUAAUGCAUACCUUCUCUCAAUUUUCAUUCCCUUUUGAGCCCAGGGGCAAUAUCUGUGAAGUCAGCUGGCAGCAUCACAGGCACAACAGUCACUUUCAAACUGAUGGGCAGCUUAGCAAAGUGUAAUGGAAUAGUCUUCUUCUGGUGCAGUUUGAUAUUAAUGUUUUCAAUUCUAAUGACAGGGUCAGUUUAAGGUUGUUCGCUUUACACACACAAAUCUGUUCACAUAAGGAAAACAGCAUCUGUCCUGAAUAUAUAUAUAUAUAUAUAUGUAUGUAUUUAAUAUGUGUGGUUUUUAGGAAGAAAAUACAUUUUUUCUAUCUUUACAAUUCUACAGGAAUCACUUCUUCUGAGUCAAGAAUUUGAGGGGUGGGUAGAAGGAAGAAGAAGGAGGCAGCAAGUUUAACUGCCUCUAGGUUUCCAUUCAAAUGUUGGAUCUCUCAAAGCUCCACUUGUAGAUACUAUAAAUAGUCACUGUGAUGUAUUUUUUUCCCCAUUUUUUAAGUCCUACCUGUUUGUCUUCGUGCACAUAUUAGAAACAAUGCUUACUUCUCCUACACUCUACUGGAGCAAUAACAACAUUUCAAAAUAUGAAGUUUUUUCAAGCCAAGACUUGAAUCAAGUUCCACAGUUGCAUAGAGUAACAUUCCAAACUGGAUAGGCUGCAGCAAGUUUAACUGUUCACAUCUGGGUGCUGACCAGGCUUCAGGAAUGACAGGAGAUGUAUUAAUGUAUUGUAACAGAUGCCAAUUUGUCUGGAUUGUUUGUUGUUGUUUUUUUUUAACUCUGUGUGAGUGCAGUUUUGUUAUGGGCCAUCCUAGAAGCAUUUUUAAUAAAGCAUUUGUAUAGAA